UGUCCAUCUUCCUCAGAGCCUCUUCAACAAUUUGUCACUUACAAUCUUCAAGCCUUUCUCUCUCUAUCAAACACACACUUUCUCUCUCUAGCUUCAACAGAAAUGGAGUCCAUCAACAUAUCUAAGAAGGUGAAGUGUAUUAAUGAUGAUGAAGAAGGGACAAGCACCCUGGAUGGAACUGUAGAUUUCCAUGGCCGACCAGCUAUCAAAGGAAAAACUGGACGUUGGACAGCUGGAACUAUCAUCCUCGUGAAUCAAGGGCUCGUGACUUUAGCCUUUUUUGGAGUUGGGGUGAACUUGGUGUUGUAUCUAACCAGGGUCCUACAACAGGGCAAUGCUGAGGCUGCAAACAAUGUUAGCAAAUGGACCGGAACUGUUUAUAUUUUCUCACUUGUUGGUGCCUUUCUCAGUGACUCUUACUGGGGUAGAUACAAAACUUGUGCCAUUUUUCAAGCCAUCUUUGUCUUAGGAUUAGGAGGGCUAUCGGUGGCAUCAAGCAUGUUCUUAAUAACCCCAAAAGGAUGUGGAGAUCGGACAACUUUAUGCAUUAAGCACUCGAAUUGGGAGAUAGGGUUGUUUUAUAUCUCAAUUUACAUGGUUGCCUUGGGUUAUGGAGGGUACCAACCAAAUAUCGCGACAUUUGGAGCCGAUCAGUUUGAUGAAGAGGAUAUGAAAGAGGGACACUCAAAAGUAGCUUUUUUCAGCUACUUUUAUCUUGCACUUAACCUUGGUUCCCUUUUUUCGAAUACAAUUUUGAGCUAUUUUGAGGAUGAAGGUAUGUGGACCUUAGGGUUUUGGCUAUCGACUGGGUCAGCAUUUAUGGGACUUGUCCUGUUUCUUGGGGGUACCAUAAGGUACAGACACUUCAAGCCAAGUGGAAACCCUUUAAACAGAUUUUGUCAAGUGUUUGUUGCUGCAUCAAAGAAGUGGAAGGUUAAAUUGCCACAAGGUGAAGAGGCUUUGUUUGAAGAUGAAAGGGAAAGUUCUCCAAGUACUGGGAGGAAGAUACUUCAUACCCAUGAAUUCAAGUUUUUGGAUAAAGCGGCAUUCAUUACCUCGAAGGAUUUCAAUGACCCGAAACAAGGAACCUACAAUGCAUGGACUUUAUGCCCGAUUUCACAGGUGGAAGAGGUGAAAUGCAUACUAAGAUUACUUCCCAUUUGGUUAUGCACGAUAAUCUACUCGGUUGUUUUCACACAAAUGGCGUCUCUAUUUGUUGAGCAAGGUGCAGCCAUGAGAAGUACAAUCUCAGGCUUCCAAAUUCCUGCAUCCAGUAUGUCUAGUUUUGACAUUCUUAGUGUUGCACUUUUCAUUUUCCUUUACCGAAGAGUUCUUGGACCUCUGGUGCUUAUGUUCAAGAAGAAAGACUCUAAAGGGUUGACUGAGCUUCAAAGAAUGGGAAUCGGACUUAUCAUUGCAAUUCUAUCAAUGGUUUCAGCUGGAAUAGUGGAGUGUUACAGACUAAAGUAUGCAAAUCAAGAUUGCACUCAUUGUGAUGCGUCUAGCUCCUUGAGUAUAUUUUGGCAGGUACCUCAAUACGCGUUUGUUGGAGCUUCUGAGGUUUUUAUGUAUGUAGGUCAACUGGAGUUUUUCAAUGCACAAGCACCUGAUGCUUUGAAGAGCUUUGGAAGUGCUCUAUGUAUGACAUCGAUUUCACUUGGGAAUUAUGUUAGUAGCUUCAUUGUGACUAUAGUGAUGAAGAUAUCAACAGAAGAUGAUAUGCCAGGGUGGAUCCCAGGGAAUCUGAAUCGGGGUCAUUUGGAUAGGUUUUUCUUCCUACUAGCAUGCUUAACAGCUGUAGAUCUAGCAGUCUACAUUGUGUUUGCUAAAUGGUACAAGAGUAUUAAGCUUGAAGGGAAGAAUGUGGAAGGGAAUGACACUGAUGACUCUGAAGUUUGAAAUGUAAAUGACUAAUGAAGAUGGCCAAGUUCAACAGUGUGUGAUGAUAUGAUCCCAAAUAUAUAUAUAAAUAAAACAUGGGAUGGGGUUGUUGAAGGUGAAAUCACUCUGUAAACACUUUUAUUCUGGAAAAAUUAAGUUUGCAGUUGGCUUAAGGCAGAAAUGACACCCUUGUUCCCAUAUUCACGUACAUCUAAUCUGCUUUAGCAAUUCAGGUUUAGGAGCUAAGGGAAGUUGAUUUGUUAAGGUGUGAGUAUAUUUACUUUCGGGUUCAUGAGCUCAUGAUCUUGCCUUCAGUGGUUCAUUCUGUUGUACAACAAGACACUGAUUUAACAUGUCUUUUUUGUCAUUUGAGUUGUUUUCUGUAUUAUGUAACAAAAAUUUAUGUCUAUGUGAGCU